AUGCUUAUUUUUACGAAACGAACCAGUUUUUGGACUCAAAUUCAACAAACUAUAAAUAAUGAAAACUCUCAAGAAAAAUUUGAUAAGUACUCUAUCCUGGUUUCUUUAGCAUUUACCAGCUUAUUUGCGACCUUACUCUUAACGCUCUUUGUAUGUCUUCGAAGGACUUUUAAGUAUGUUUAUUCUCCUAGAUUGAAAUAUGCAAAGCGUGAUACCAGCAUUCCUCCCAUGAAAAAAAGUCUCUUCGGAUGGAUAGAACCUCUUUGGAAUGUAAGAGUUGAAGAUUGUCUAUAUGAUAUUGGCGCGGAUGCCACAAUCUUUCUCUUGUUUUCUCGAUUUUGUAGAGAUCUCUUUGGCGUCUUGGCUUUCUUUUGUUGCAUUAUUCUGAUACCAAUCAACGUUAUUGCUUCGAACGAAUCAGAUAGCACUUCCAAUGCAACGAACGCGUAUGCGAAGUUAUCUUUUCAAAAUGUCUCAGGAAAAUGGACAGUUGCACACAUCGUACUUGGAUACUUUAUGAAUGGUGUUGUCUUGGCUUUCUUAUUCAAAUACUAUCGUAUUGUAAGUCGCAUCCAGCAGCGCUACUACAGAAGUGCUGCUUACCAAAAUAAUAUUAGUACUCGUUCUUUGUUGGUGGCUGACAUCCCUUCUUCGCUUCGUUCUUUAAAAGGUUUAGCAGCUGUUGCUGCUCAUUUGAAAAAGAGUGAUAGACCAAUUUAUUACCACAUCUGUCAUGCCAUAAAUAAUCUUCCCGGUCUUGUCAAAAAAUACAACAAUGCUGUGUAUGCUCUUGAAGCAGUCUUUGCAAAGUACUUCAAGGAUCCUAAACAAAUACCGGAAGUGCGCCCAGUUCAUACGAUUAAGCAUGGAUUGUUUAAUUAUGAAAAAGUUGAUGCCAUUGAUUACUACAACUCAAAGAUUGAAAACUAUGCGCUUCGAGUGAACAUUGCUCGAGAAUCCCUCGAAGAAAAUAGAUUUGAGCAGUAUGGGUUUUUAACCUACAAUUCUUCGUUCACUUCUCAUCAGAUUGCUAGAAUGAACUCAAAGGCUCUUGGAGCAGCAAUCCAUAGAUGUCCUCAGCCAGAGGAUAUGUUAUGGGAUAAUCUAUCCCUUCCUAGAAGUAGUCGGGCUUUCAAUCGAAUUAUGGGAAAUUUGCUUUUCAUUGCUUUACUCGUUGCCUGGAUUCCAGAAAACGCCCUUUUUGCUAUUUUUAUAGCAAACCUCUGGAAUCUUGGUAAUGUAUGGCCAUGGUUUUCACGUCAGCUCAAUGUUCAUUCAGGAUUCUGGUCAAUUGUUCAAGGUAUUAUCAGUCCUGCAUUAACUUCAUUGCUCUUUACCCUCUUGGAAGUUGUGCUACGUAGAAUUUCAUCAUUCCAGGGUAGUCUGACUAAAAGUGCGAGAGAAAGGAGAGUACUGAACAAGUUGUACGUUAUUUUUACCUUUGAUAACUUCAUUAUUUAUACUGUUCUUUCUGUUAUUUGGAGGGUUAUAGCUCUUAUUAUAGCCAAAACAGAACAAGAAGGAAAUUUUGCUGAAGGACUGACGAUUUUUAAGACGUCUGAACCGGUACCAUGGUUAGUAACUGCCUUCGUUGGAUUUUCUUCGUUUUGGAUUAUGUAUAUUGCUCAUUCAUUCACGUCGUUCUUGUUUCAAAUGGCCCAACCGAUCAGCUUAACUAUUCGUAUUAUAAAGAAAAGAUUUUUUUCACCUACUCCUCGUGAUAUCUUUGAAUGGACUUCUCCUCAAAAAUUUUUUUACAGCAGUUCUCUUAACAAAGUGCUGUUUUUCUUUACCGUCGCAAUAUGCUAUGCCUGCGUAAGUCCUUUGGUAUUGCUAUUUGCCGUGGCAACAUUCUGCUCAAAUUACAUGGCCCAAAAAUAUAAUUUGAUGUACAUUUCGGAAACUUCUGCAGAAAGCGGUGGUCGUUUUUGGCGUCCAGUGGUAAAUAGAAUCCUAUUUGGACUUGAGUUGGCAAAUGUUAUUUUGUUUUUAUGCAUUUGGGCGCGUGGUGGACUUACGCGUGCAUUUUGUCUAAUACCAACUUUCGCGUUUGUAAUAUUUUUCAAGAUUUACUGCGCGAUAUGCUUAGACCCUAAGGCGCAUUUCAUAAUUGAGGAUCCUUACUCUUCCGUUGAGGAUUCUCUUAAUCACGUCGAAAGUGAGAUUUGUUUCGGUCAUCCAUCGACAUAUACUCCUUUAAUGGUACCUUUGAUUCGAGAAGACGCACGUUCGUUACUUCAUUUGGUUUACUCCGGAAAGACAGAAGCUGUUGGUAAACCGAAGGACGAAGUAUCUUCUGAAGACGAUUCUGACGAGGAAUUGGCGAAACAUGAAGAGAAAUUGACGAUGGUUGACUAUGUUGAUUUGAACAACAUGGAUACUGCGAAGGAGCAAUUUGAACGACGUCAAUCGAAGAUGUUGAAUAAAAGCCUUUCGAGGUCUUAUACAAAGCAUCAUGGCCACAAGCCCAAAUAUGCGAAUCCAAUAAUGAAUGAGGAAGACUUGGCGUUAGGACAAUCUUUAACCCAUGUAUCUGACUCAACGGCUUUAGAACCCGUUAUGACAACGAGUACAUAUGCGGCUCCCAUGAACAGCAAUGAUUUUGGAAAGAAUCAAAAACUCUAA